UAUAAAAAAGAUGUAUUUGAACGAGAAAUUGUACUCGUAUGACAGUAUGAAUUUGACAUGACAAACUUCUAGAAAUGGCAAAGCUGUUCUAUUCAUUGCCAUGCUAUAACAGUCAACACAAAGACCUGCAUUUUGGCAAUGAACGUUUGUUAAUCAGGAAGUAAACUGUUGUCAACAGAUUUCUGACACAUUAAAACUUGCGUCUCACUGAUCCAUAUGGACUCAAUCUAACCCACAGGAAUAAUCUCAUCAUGAGUGGAGCCUACUACAUCAUCAGUGCUGCUCUUUUUGUGUUAGAAAUGCCAGAAACCAAGGCUCUGCUAGAAAACUCCAAUGACUGUUGUGAAAGAAUAAAGAGAAUGAAUGAAACCUGUGCAAACAUCACACUCUGUGAUCCUGGGCUUCGUAAUGAGAACAGUACUCAUUUUUGUAUGUCCUGUGACUCACCAGAGCAGAGGAAUUCAACACUUAACAAUACUAGGACCAGUCACACUCCAGUACCUGCAAUCAAAUCAAUUGGUGGUCCAGGUAUAGCAGCCUCUGUCCUUCUUGGAACUCUACUGAUCAGCCUGGGCCUCAUUCUUUCUGUGGCAUCUUUCUUUUACCUGAAGCGUUCCAACCGCCUCUCUGGUUUAUUCUACAGGCGCAACAAGGCUUUUAUAUUUCAGCCAAGUGAGACGGCUGUCAUGAUUCCUGAAGCCACAUCUUCAGUUCGUAAACCAAGAUAUGUCAAGAGGGAGAGGCCUUUAUCAACAUCAGCAUCCAAAAGUGCUACGGUGGCAACUGAUGGAGUAACAAAGGUAUACAAUGUCUGACCAGCAUCAAAGGGCCAGUUAUGGGCCCCUUAUCAAAACAUGGUAAGGUCUGUCUACCAGCACUGUUUUCUAAAAAGAUUGUUACCUUGUUAAGUGAAAUUUUCUGAAAACUGAUGUCUUUUUUUUUUCUUUUUUUUUUCUCAGAUUCAUUAUAUUCUUUUCACAUGCUUAGAAAAAGCCAUUUAUUUAUUUAUAUUUAUAUAUUUUGCCACUCAUGUUGUUCCUUUUGUAAAGAGACCAGGUGUUACACUACUAGAGUAUUUUUUUGUGUAAAUCUAAAAAAAGUUUAGUAACUUGUUUUCUCAAUGGAUUUUAUAAUGUUUAUGUUUAUUAUGAGUAUUUUCAUGUGAUAUUGUACUUUUGAAUAUUGUGACAUCUGUACUUAGGAUCCAAAACAAGACUUCCAUAGUUAAUGAUAUGGAUAUUUGGACUUUUGGGUGUUCGGUUUCUGUACACAAAAACAUUUUUGUUUAUAUAGACUCCAUUAGCACUUUAUUGAUUCCAUAUGAAUAUUAUAAAUAUAUAUAUAUAUAAAAUUACAAUAUAUAUCAAAUAUGAGCUUUGGUCAGAAAAUGUUUAACAGGAUAUUCAUGUUAUACUAACAAGUAUGCAUGAAAGAUCCUCCUGUUAACAACAGCAAUUUCUUCAUAAAGCUCCUCUAUAUUCUAUAUUCAUAUGUGGUUAUGGCAUGCACCAAAGGAGUCUCCAAGUAAUGAUAAUUUAAAAUGCAAAUCUAAGCAAAAUUGUAGUGAAAAUGUGUUCCCAGACAAAAAAUAAAAUGUUCUUUUUUUUUAUUUGAGGAACCUUGUCCUUGACCACUUUUCGUCAUCCCAUCUUUCCAUUUUAUAAGACAAAAUGCCAUUAACCGAAUGUGCUAAUGGAUGAUGAAGACCUGGUUGCUAAAUUAGAAUGUAAUAUUUUGAAGAAGAAAAAAAAACUUGUAUCUUGACAGGCAAAUGUAUCUUUUUUUAUUAUUAUUAAAAUGUUUGAUAUCAUUGAAGUGUCAUAAAGAGAGUGAUUCACUAGUAUUUCUAUGAAAUGGCUGGAUUAUUUUUUCUUUUUUCUUUUUUUUUUCUUUUUUUGUGGAAAUUUGUAAAUAGUGGCAUUUAUAAUGUCAUAUUAUCCCAUAAGAUUGUAUAUUCAUGAUAUUCUGUUUAGUUUCUCAUUUGUAUUCUUUUUAAGGUUCUGUUUAUUUGAAGUAUGGUCAUUUGAAUUAUUUUUUCAUUUUUAUUUUAUUUUUUUUAAAAAUAUUUUUCAACUUUAUUUUACUAAGGGGUAUUAGAACAUGUUUUUAUUUUGUAGAAUUAAAAAUCUUCAAUAUGCUGGUUUAAGCAAAAAGCAAGGAAUGUUUGUUUAUUUAAGGUCAAGGUAAAUAGGUUUGUGUGUGGGGAUACAGCAAUGGUACUGAUUUCAGAAUAUAACCACUUAAAUGUAAAUUAUUUCCUGUGCCAAGCAUAAUUAUGUUUAGAUAUUGGAUGCUGGACCUUUUUUGUAUGUUGAAAUCCUAUGAGAGUGAGUAUUGAUCACCCAUAUUGAAUCAUUUUUGAUGACGUUGUCAGUGUUUACAGAAAUAAAAGACAUUUUGAUUCA